UCUCUCUCUCUCUCUCUCUCUCUAACACUUUCUUGCUCUCUCUCUCUCUCUCUCUCUCUCUCUCUCUCUCUCUCUCUCACACUCUCACACUCUCUUGCUCUCUCUCACUCUCUCUCUGCCUCUCUCACUCACUUGCUCUCAUUGAGAGCUCCUCUCUCAUCCAUCAACACAAGCACCUCUCCACUGUCACCAGACAACCACACAAUUAUUGGCUAUUUGAUAUUUCACUAACUGCAAGAAUUAUUGGCUUAUUUUUUUUCCCAUUUUGACACAUUUUUGGCAUGUCUCCAAGCCAUUUUUUCAGGAUGAUGUUUUUUCAAGAGCAUCAAGCAUUGAUGGCUGGCGGUAUACCUCUUUGAGUGGGUGAAUAUUUCACGGACACCGGGCGAAGGGAAGAGACAGAAGGAAAGAGAAACCUCCCAACACAACCGUCAGAGGGUGGAGAACGGGACCAGUGGCAGUAGAAAAUGGCUGCCAUGACAACGGUGCCCAGCUAUAGCCCCUCGCUGUGGGUGAGGAUGUGUCACGCCCUCCCCCGGCUGGACCUCACCAUGCAGAUGAGGGACAAUAUCUUUGUCCCCGACAGCUGGGAGUACCAGCAGACUCUGCUGGUUUUGUCCAGCUUAUCAGCCAUCGCUCUUGUUCUCUCCCUCUUGGUGGUUCUCUCCUUCCUCAUACACUACUGCUGCUGUCACCGUGGUGACCGGAGUGAGGGAUCAGAGGAGGAGGAGGAGGAUGAAGAUGGCAGCACAGGUCACGGUUACAGUGGGAAGAAGGGGAGGGGCAUCUGCUGCGUCACGUGGGUGGCGGUGGCGUCCGUCACACUGUGUUGUGUUGCCAUAGGCAUCGGUUUCUAUGGCAACAGCGAAGCUAAUGAUGGGAUGUAUCAGUUGACCUCGUCUCUUCUCACAGCCAAUUAUACGCUAGCUUCCAUCGAUCUGCUGAUUUCCGACACAAUUACUGGACUGCAGCUGUCUGUGUCUGGCCCGCUGACCACAAUGGACGAGCUUUUUACUGGCAGUAAACCUUUCCUGGUGUCGUUGCGGAACUGCCGGAGGUUAUCUGAGAAUGUGAUCAACCUCCUCUCCUCUAUCUCCCUGGCCCGGUCCAGCAGCGACGCAGGCCUGGGCAAUGACAGCAGUAUCAGUGGGGCAUCCAUCAUACCUCUGACCCCAGUACCUCCCUCGAUGGCUCCUACAAUGGUCCCCACCAGCGGCCUCAUGCCCAACCCCUUUUCACCUGGCUGGGCGGCCAACACGCUGAUGGUGAAUGAGGACUACAGGUGGUUAUCAUAUGUGUUGCUGCUGCUACUUGAUCUCAUAGUGUGUCUGUUCAUCUUGCUGGGACUGGCCAAGCAAGCACGCUGGCUGCUCAUCCUGAUGACUGUGCUGGCAUGGCUGGCUCUCUUCCUUAGCUGGGGCUCUCUGGGCUUGGAGACGGCUACUGUAGUGGCGCUCAGUGACUUCUGCUCAGAUCCAAACACGUUCGUGCUCAACUCCACCCACUUCAACACUGGCACCAGCUCAGAUGUGUUGGAUUAUUACCUGACCUGCAGCAGGCGCAUGAACAGUCCCUUCCAGCAGCUGCUGACCCAGUCGCAGAGGGCACUGUCCAACAUCCACACACACCUCUCCAGCCUGGAGAGAAAUGCUCUCCCGCAGUUCCCCAAAGCUGAGAAAUCACUCAGGGAGGUUCAGCAGAUACUCAACUCCACAGAAGGCAACUUUCAUCAGUUGGUGGCACUUCUGAACUGCAGAGGUCUGAAUAAGGACUAUAUUGAUUCACUGAAAGGCCUGUGCUAUGAUGGGAUGGAGGGAUUGCUCUACCUCUCCCUUUACUCUUUCCUCUCUGCUCUGGCCUUCACUGCUAUUCUCUGCUCUCUGCCUGGUGCCUGGAGGAGCUUCCCCAGUGAAUCAGAAGAGUACGAAGACUCGGACAGCGAGAGUGAGGACCCCUUCACCUCCCAUCAGGCACGUAGACAGACGGCCUCGGGGUCUCAGCGAGGGGCCAUGGCCCCCUUCUAUAAUUACCCGGGGGCAGGGUGGACACCCCCCUUUUCUAGCGCGCCGCCCCUCCCGUGAGUAACACAGACACACAGACACACAGACAGACAGAACGUCCCAGAGGAGAUUGCGAUUAGAUGCACUUUUAGCUUUAAGUUUGUACCUACGGGCAACUUUUGCACUCAUGCCCCCCAAGAUCAGGGAUUUUAAAGAGUCCAGGAUGUAGCGUGACAGCACAGUGCUUUUACAUUAGCAGUUCAUAGAGACUAUUAAUACAUUUUUGUGCAGACACAUAGUCUUUUUGGUGAAGACAUUAAGUUUUGAUAUCAGAUAUUCUCCCCUCAUGACAUACACAUAAUUGUAUUGAGCACAUACAUCUUCACACAGGAGUAGACAGAUUAGUUAGUUGGAGUGCAGAAUAGUCAGUUAGGUUUACACACUUUUGUUUAUAGACAUGUAGGAGACAUGUAGAGAGCUGUCAGUUUAAGCACAUGCAUUGCAGACAGACACACAGACAGGUCAUUAUGGACUACAGUGUAGGCAGAGAAACAGACACAACUCCAGAGGUCUGUCUGUCUGUCUGUGUGUCUGUCUAUUCGUCUGUCGAGUGUUUCCCGACAGACGAUGUAGGCCGUUCGAUCAUUUCACAGAUCUUGUCUCAAAUGGCGUCCUGUCUCCUAAACAGUAGUAGACUACUGCUGUGUUGGGGGGAAGGGUGUCAUUGACGAGGCCGCGCUCGUAAAAGUUCUGCCGCUGUGAGGCUCAGGUUGACUAUAGGUAACCCCCCCACACACUCCUGCAUCACUCUCAUCUGUCUCCUCGCUGUGGUGUCUCAGAUUAUCUCUCUGGAUCUGUCCUUGCUCUUUGCUUUUCAUCAUUCCUCCUGCUUCCUUUUUUUAGGCUUUCAAUUUUCUCAUCUUAUUAAGCUUUUUCCCCUUUCUCCCUCAAUGAAGUUUCCAAUCUAAGUUAGUGCUCUGAGAAACUUAUCUAAUCGUGGACUAUUAAACUUCCUAUUCUCAUGCCAGCUGAUCAUCUUGAUCGCUCCCAUAUCUAAUGUAAUAACACACAAGCCUGAUUGAACUGGCAAGUCUCAGAAACUCAGCGAGCAGUGAAACAAAAACAGUCCACUCCUCUUAAAUGGAAUCUGCUCGGGAUUGCUUUAAAAGCUUUCUGGGGUUUAUCGUGCAGACAAAUAGAUUCAUUAGAAAAACCACAUAGCAACUGAAAUGGGGCUGGUGAGUCACACACAGCCCUAAAUGCAUGUAGCCGCAGAUUAUUGUAUAAAUCCUGCAGUGCAUCAUCAGUCAGGAGUGGACUGUGCGCCUGCUGCUGGUGCUCAGAGUGCCUUGCUUGUGCUCUGGUGGUACUAAUACCAACAAGCUAUACUGCGCGCUGUAUUUUUCCAACCUAUAUUUCUCUAACCGCUCUUUCUCCUUCUUCCCUUUUACCUGUCCUCGGCUCCCGUCACCCUGCGGUCUUCCGUUCCCCUCUGUCUUUCUCAACGUGUCUCACCCCUGUUUCCCUCUCUUCUUCAUCCUCCAUUCCUUCUCCUGUCCUUGUCUCUUUCUAUCUCUAUACAGGACUCCAAACGUUUCCUCCAAUGGCAACCCUGGCUAUGAGAGCCUACCCUUGACUGACAGGCAGUCCCCACCCCCCUCUUACUCUCCCAGCAUGCUGACUGGUUAUGGGGGAAGUCAAUCACACCCCAACCCUGCCCAUUCAAGGAACCUGUAUUCACGUUGAUUUCUUUUUUUGGUUUUGGUUUGUUUUGUUAGGAAAUGUAUAGAAAAAAAAGUUUAGUUUUCAUAUGAAUGGACACUUUACUGAAAUGAAAAACAACUAAUCUAAAAUAAAAUGAAUGCUAGGUGUGAAUUCAAAGUGCGUAACGUCAGUACCACUGAGUAUUAUUACUUAUUAUUAGAAGCACUUAAAAGAGAAAGUCUUAACGGACUGCUGAUAUAACCGACAGCGAUAAUGCUGGUAGGAUGGUCUUGCAAAGGUAUGAACCAAGUACACUUGGUCUAAAUUCUUUCCCCUUGUUUGUCCAAACUCUGUGUAAACUGUGAACAGUGGUGAGGCAAGUCAGAAUGGUAUUGACGUUACUACGUUGUAGUUUUAUAUUCUUAAAUGUAUCAGUACCACCAAUUUUAUUUUCAAGUUUUUAUAUAAAUAUUGUUGUAGAAAAACACUGGCACGUAGCAACAAGACACAUUUUUUUCUGUGAAUGGUUAUGCAGUUCCUUCACUUGGUAUAAUUUUUUUUAUUAUUACUUUUUAUAGGUGGCAAUUCUGUAUUUUCCUUGUACUACCUUAUGGUAUUCUGUAUAUCUCACUGUCUACAAUAUCUGAAUAAUCAUGAACCUUUGCUCUUAAAAAAAAAAUACUUGAGGACUACCAAGACCCUGUUUUAAUGAUUGAAUGGAGAACUACAACUGCCACUCACAUCCAGAGAGUGGAGAACUACAAAUCCCAUGCAAUGACAGCAGGUACAUAGCAAUAUGAUUCUUGCUACUGGUGCUGCAGUAGCCCUACCGUAACUAGCAAUAAUAACUAUGUAUAGCAUCGGGUUUUCUGAGAUCUCUCCAAGAUGUUUUGUGUAUAUAUGGUAUGGUAUGUUGGAGAUUUCAUUGAAUCCCCCAUCCUUGCCAACUGACCUUGUUAACCCUUGAAUUGAGUUUGUAUGGUAUUAUCAAUGCUCC